GUGAGUCGUCGUGAGUAGUAACGUGGGUGGGUGCGCUAGUCAGACGCCAGACCGGCUUCCACACAGCGAGGAUCGACGCGGUGGUGCGGUGCGUGCUGGUUCCCUGCGAUUAAUCGUGAACCAGAGUGUCGCGGGAUUGGGAACGAAUGUAUUGAACGGAACGACGGCGCUCGUCCACCUCUAAACCCGGUGGAGUCAGCGAUUCGAUCAGGCAAACACGGAGAACCGCCGCCGCCGCCGCCGUCGUCGCUUUCACGGAUCGAACGUGUCUAAAUACGAAAAUGGGAUUGAAGGACUUUCGAAUUGUCUACAGCGACCCUUGGAAUACCUACUAUCCGGGGCAAACGGUCAGCGGGAACAUCGUCGUCGUUUUGGACAGCACGAAGAAGAUCCGCGGUACGUUCCGUCGAAGAAAACGAAUAAUAAAUCAUUCUGUUGUAGGCGGCGAGAUAGAGAUACAAAGCGGCGAACACACAUUCCCAUUCCAAUGCGUUUUACCAACGAAUUUACCCAGCAGCUUCGAAUCGGACUUCGGGCACGUUCGAUACACCGUCAAGGCGACAUUGGAUCGUCCGUGGAAAUUCGAUCAAGAAGCAAAGAGCCCAUUUACAGUGAUCUCGCCUCUCGACCUUAAUCAAGAACCAAGAGCCUCGGAGAAAAUACAGGAGGAAAUGAGUAAGACUUUCUGCUGCUUAUGCUGCGGAUCACCGCCAUUGACUGUCAACUAUUCGCUGCCGGUCAGAGGAUACGUGCCAGGGCAAUCAAUGCCUGUAAAAGUAAAUGUCGAAAAUUCAUCCGGAGUCACCGUAGAGACUGUGAAACUGAUUUUGUGUAAGAUCGUGACUUUUCGGGCGACCACGCCGACCAGCGAUACCAAAACGGAAGAAAUCGUGAUAGCGGAGGUCGGGAAGGGACCAGUUGAGGGUGGAGCGGCUGCUGAUUAUGAACAGAAGCUCGAUAUUCCACCAUUGCCUCCAUCGAAUCUCGCCAACUGCGGGAUAAUCGACCUGGAAUACAAUCUUAAAGUCGUUGCCUGCGUCUCAGGAUGGUAUCAUCGAAAUUUGUCGAAGAAUAGUCUGAUAUUUGUGGGCACUGUUCCAUUGGUGAGUUACCAAACACCAAGCGCUCCACCGGCCGAGGUAUCUCCAACGAAGCCGCAAAUCGGCUGGUCCGCCUCUGGCAUUCCAGUCUCAGGCCCUGACGGGUCACCCGUAAACAAUUUAUACCCCAAUUUGCCACCACCUUCGUACGAGGAGUCGACCAACGGUGCCAGAAGCCUUUGGGAACGGGGCGAAUCCGACCACAUUUUCGGUAUAUCGAAUCGUUUUGCGCCUAAAUAUCCGGUCUACAAUUUUGCACCGAUUCAAUAAAUUUAUAACAAAUCUACGUAAGAACCAGGGGAAAUCUAAAUUAUUAUUAUUGUAAUACUUGUUACCGGGCAUUGUGAUUAGUCUUGAAAGUUGCUUGUUUCGAACGAACAAUAUUUUACGGUCAAUUACGACGCACAAUUAGGAAACUGACACGAGAAAUAAAUAUUGUGAUCGAUUAUUAAUAUAAAGCGUAUAUUUCUGUUUUUAAAGCGCUGGCUAUAUUUUUCUAUACGCGUUUCGUAUAACGAAACAU